AUGCGCGGCGCACUCGCCCCGUCGACGAGGACGACGGCGACCUGUUACUCCCCGACGCUGAAGAAAAAUAAUGUUCGCACGAAACACGGAUCGAUUGGACCUUUGAGAUCGUCGGCUCGAAAAUGCGCCGUGGUGCGCGUCGUUCGCUCGGAGGCUGACAACCAACCCGAGUCGUCAGCAGCAGCAGCAGGAGCGAAAAGGAGCAGCGCGAGCGCGGAAGAGAGAGAACGAGCGGAAACUUUGAGAAAAGUGGAGGACGCAAUCACGAGCGAGGAGGAAAUCAAGAGGAACGGGCGGAUGGAUAUGGAGACCGACGGAUAUUUUAACCCGGAGGAUUUCGAGAACGUGGAUCCGCAGUUGGCCGAGGACGUCGCGGAGAGGACGAUCGAAUCGAGUUCGGUGCCUCUUUCGGUGCCGCUGAAGAGCAUGGAGACGUCUUCUACAUCGGAAGCGAAGGAGGAAGAGGAGGAGGACGUGAAUGCGUUAAAGACGGACAUGGAAGGGAUGAAGAAAACUAUGGCGGAGAACCGCAGGAAGGAGAUGGAUUACAUCGUAGAGACGGUUUUGAAAUCAGAACGCGUCGUCGCGAGAUCUAACGUCAAAUCGAUAAAGGCGAGGAAGGACGCCGAGUCCGCGGAGAUGAACGCGGUUACCGCACGCGAGUUACUCGACGAGAAGAAAGACGUAUCUGAACAGGAGAUUUCGGAUUUGGAAGCGCAAAUCAAAGCGCGCUUGGCGCAAGACAUCCCUAAAAUUUACGACGAUGCCGGUGUUUCGAUGGACGAAGUACCAGUGCAGCACAAUCCUCUCAAGACGAUGUCGGGGAUGACUGCGUUUAUUACGUCGCCGACGCCGCCGCCUGGUUUGACAAACGCUUCGCAAGCGCAAAGAAUGGGCGUACCCUUCGAUCCCAACGAGCAGUUUGACAUUCACGCGUCGUAUUUGGAAAAAUUCCAAAACUGGACGCCCGCGCUAGUUUUCGUCUACGUCCUCACGCACCCGGGAUCGCCGUGUAUUUUUGCAUCCAAGAUUCCGGAUAUUUUUGGUCUUCCCGACGAAAGCGUUUUACCGCAAGAGCGCGAGUUGGCCAAAGAUUUACUCACACAAGAACAAAUCAACGAUCUGAUGGAAGUGCGUCGACGCAACGAUAUCAAAGCGGCUGGGACGGUACAAAAUGUCGCCUCCGAGAAAGAUUUAUACUGCGCGUUGAUUAACAACCGCGUGUUUGUCAAGAUUGGCGCGCGCUUCGAGUUACCGCGAGAUAUUCUCAUAUCUUCGUGCGGGAAACAACUCGAACAGUUCGAUUUGUGCUGCUCUGGGCACCAAUGGGCGGUUUGGCAAAUCAAGGACGAAGAGAGUGAUGCGCAUAUCGACUCUUCGACCGUUCCGAAGAUGGAAACGCCGACUGCGGAGGUUCCUCCUUCUCCUCUGGCGGAAGGCGGCGAGACGGUGGACAAUCUUCUCGAGGAGGCAAAAAAACUAAUUGAGAAGGAGAAACAGGAACUUGAGGAGGAAGGGCAAAGGUUUCGAGAUAUCGUGAGCAGACCACACUCGGAAGAAGAGAAGAUGCUUUACUCUGCAAAACUCGUCGAGGCAGAAGAAAAGGUUGCGUUUCUCGAAAGAAACUACGCGAAGUUGAAGAUGAGAAAGGGUGAAGGCGACGAAAAAUUAUUCCCGGUUCGCGACGAGAAGAAGAAGCACGUCGGAAUCGCGGACGAAAGCGACGCGGAGGAGUACGACGAAAGCGAUGUCGUCCAAAAAGCAGCAGAAGAUGUCGAUGAGUUUGAGUCCGGGUGGGCAUAA